CUUUUAUCUUUUCUUGUUUUUUUCAGCUACAUUAAAUGUCAAAGUCUUCUGAGAAGUUUCCUAGAUGCAGAUAGCUGCUAAGCAUUUUAGAAGUUAUUAGUAUAAGAAAGAAGAAAUUGUUUUCAAUAGAAAAUGUGUAUGUGAAUAUGGUGAAUGGGGGUGAUGAAGAGAAUGAAGAUGAUGAGCAAAUCCAAGAUCUCCAUGCAGCACACUACUAGCCAGAAUUAUCUAGAAGAGAACUUAAGAGACAUCAUUAGCAUUAUGGUUGCUCAGUUUCUUCAGAAAUCCACUUAUGAAGAAGUACAAACCAUAGCUAAGGAGUUGCUAGGUUUUGCAGAGAAAUGCAAGAGCCUCAAGCUACAUGAGUCACCUUCAGAAUGCUCUCACCAGUUGAUGGCUAUCUUCUUAGAACAUAUUUGUAAUAACCAAGGAAUGACUGACAAACAUGUUCUUUCUGACUGUUGCAAGACAAAUGACACAGCAAGACACAAGUGCUUCUUAUUAAGUAAAAAAGAUGAUGCAGAUUACAGGGACAUAUUCCAAAUUCCAAAUCCUGAACAGAUCUGUGAGAUGAACAAGGAGAGCGCAGGGUCAGUGAAGAAGAGGUACAUUUAUGAAACUUCUAGAAAGCAUCCAUUCUUGUACGGACCCACUAUUCUGACCAUGUCUGCUUGCUAUGAAACAGCUAUUCAGUCAUGUUGCCAAGAAGAAAAUAAGACUGAAUGCUUCUUGAUAAAGCUAGACCCCAUCAGAAAAUACAUUAGAGAAAUAUCUUUGAGGCAUCACCAUUUAUGUGAAAUUGAGAUUAAAUUCAACCACAAAGUAGCAAAAGCAGUGGAGUUGGUUCUGUUGACUAAAAAACAACCUAAAGCUAACUUUUCUGAAAUUACCAAGCUGGCUGUUGAUGUUAAAAAUCUGCAUCAGGCUUGUUGUGAAGGAAAUGUGCUAGCAUGUGUGGUUGACAGGAGCCAGUUUAUGAAUUAUACCUGCUCUAAGCAGACUGUCCUGUCAGGCAAGAUUGCUUCAUGCUGUGCACUGCCAGUGCCAUUCCGAGGGGAAUGCAUUAUCAGCUCAGAAAAUGACAACAGGCCUGCUCUUUCAUCCCUGCCACUCAGCCGGUUUACAGAAGACCAAUUUGUAUGCAAACAAUUCACUGACAAGCAAGAUGAUUUCCUACAAGAGUUUCUUUAUGAAUACUCAAGAAGACAUCCAGAGUUGGCGGUUCCAGUGAUUUUAAGAGUGGAUACAGUAUAUCAACAUUUAUUGGAAAAAUGCUGUAAAUUAGAAAAUCCUCUGGAAUGCUAUAGCCAUGGGAAAGAGAUGUUCCAAAGAGUGGUUCAUGAAAGCCACGAGCAUGUUAAAAAUCACUGUGAUUUACGUGAGAAAUUAGGAGAUAGUAACUUCCAUGACAGGCUCCUGGUCCUUUAUACAAAGAAAGCCCCGCAACUAUCUGCUCAAGAGUUGGUUAUGUUCACCAAGAAUAUGGCAGCUUCUGCCACCAGAUGUUGCCCUCUGAGCGAUAAGCAACAGUUUGCGUGCAUGGAGGAUGCGGCUAAACUAGAUCUUGGAGCUUUAUGCAGAAGACAUGAGGCACAGCCUAUCAAUGCUGGUGUGGGUCACUGUUGUGAUGACUCUUAUGCCUUCAGGAAGCUAUGCUUUGAUGACCUGCAAGUUGAUGGAACUUAUAUUCCUCCACUGUUAUCCUGUGACCAAGUAAUGAGCCUUAAGGAGGACUUGUGCGAAGUUCAGGAGGAGGAAUUCCAAACUGAAAAGCAAAAGCUCCUCAGCAACCUUGUGAAGCAGAAACCAUAUGCGACAGAGAUGCAGUUGCAACCAAUUAUUGCGGAUUUCACUCACCUGGUGAAGAUGUGCUGCCAAGCAGAAAAACGUGAAACAUGUUUCCAAGAAGAGGAGUCCAAACUGAUCGAAAAGUGCCAGUCUCUCUUAGGAGGCUAAAUGAUUCCAGAAAAUGUCAAUGUAGGAUCUUCGCUGAGGUCUACAUUUUAUUUUUCAUGUAUAACAAAACCCAUGUCUAGUAUUCAAAAUAACACAUGAAUCAACAAAGUCAUUGUUGGCUACUCACAAUGUUACACAAGAACACUACCCAGUCUAUACUAAAUCUCUUCUUCAUACUAAGCAGAGAAAUCCACUUACAGUAACCUCUACACAACCUAGUUUAUUCUUUCUUCUCCCCAUAAGCUUUCUGCUUCUUAGAAGCGGCAACAGAAAUAUGAAAUCAAGGGCCUUUGAAAAGCCUCAGGUUGAUGUAAUUGCCUGCCACAUCCACUGGAAACUGGCUUCUGGGUGUUCAGAGUAGAAAGGACCCCAAGUGACUGGAGUUUCUCUCUAUAGCACUUCUAAAACUGAUUAUUGAAGAAUUGAAUGAAAUGUGCUUUAUAAUAAAGUUACCUUCCUAAUCAUUUUGCCUUCCAUGUUUAACCUGUAUACAUGAUACUGAUAUUAGACACAAAGGGUCCUAACAUAUUUAAAUUAAAUUGAGCUUUCAGUGGUAAUUUAUAAUAGUCUUUCCCUGGAAACCCUGGCACAAAUGACAUAAAAAAUUAUCAUGGACUUUUUACUUUUCAACGUAUUUUUGUAUAAUAAAAAAACAAAUAGUAAUAUUUUAGUGCUUACUAAAUAGGUGAAUUAUUUUUAUUAGAGGA